AGGCCUACAGUAAUAUAGGAUUUUUGUGCUAUAAAUUACAUCAUUUAACUCUUCAAAUCAAAUCAAAAUUUAUUAAUUGUCGGUAUACAUAUAUAACAUUUUACAAAACAUAAGCUAUGUUUAGCUUUUGACCGACUCUUUCAUUAAGCACUUUAUUAACUAAAUUUCUGGCCAAAAAGACAUUCAUUAUUAAAUACAGAAAAAAUAUCCACAAGGGAGUGUAUGGUUAUAAUUCUUUGUAGUAGUAUUUUCUAGCUGUUACAAAUUAUUUGUCUUCUUUCAGGAUAAAUCAAAUAUUUCUGAUGCCUUGGUGUCAUAUAAUAAGACAUUUGGUCUACAGAUAGGCAAAUUAAAGGAGCAACAGACAGAUGCAAUUUUGGCAGUUUUAAGUGGUAAUGAUUGCAUCUGUUCCCUCCCAACUGGGUAUGGAAAAUCCUUGGCCUAUGAACUUUUGCCAUUUAUCGAACCAGCAUGUUUGGUAAUUGUGGUUGUUCCCCUCAAUGCUAUUAUUGAACAGCAGUUGAAAAAACUUGGCAAUAUGGCCAUGCGGCUGAAGUUGGACCUAACACCACUAAACUCUGGUCAGGUGAAAUAUAUAUUUUGUCAUCCUGAGGAGGUCCUUAACAACAAAGUCUUCAAUGACUAUUUCACAUCAGAAAAUUUCAGACAAAAAAACAUCAGUGUAUACCUGGUAAUUGAUGAGGCACACUGCAUAUUAGAAUGGGGUGAAGACUUCAGACCUGAAUUCAAAAACCUUGGGCAAAUUAGGUCUGUUUUGAAAUGCAGAAUUUUAGCUCUCUCAGCAACUGUGACGGAAAAUGGGCAGAAGCAGAUCAGAGAUAACCUUUUAAUGAGAAGCUUUACUUCAGUGUGUGCUAGUCCGGCAAAAGACAAUAUUGUCCUGUUAGUUUCAAGUAGGCCAAGUCCAAACGCCAAAGGAAACUGUGCAGAAACACCAUAUGAUUAUAUCUUCAAUCCAAUAUUGGAAGAAAUGAUGAAGAAAUUAGAAAAAUUCCCUAUCACUAUCAUCUAUUGCAAAUCAUUACAGUGGAUUGGUUAUGGUUACCAGAAGGCAAGGCAAAUACUAGGAAAAUAUUUCUAUUCUGGUGAAAGUAGAUCUGAAAACUCCAGAGUAGUUAUGUUCCAUUCCUCAAUGGAGAAAGAUUCUGGAAAACUGAAGGAGGCCAUUUUGUCUAAUUUGCAGAAACCAGAUGAAAAAUGCCAUAUAAGACUCAUCUUUUCAACUGUGGCACUAGGUAUGGGAGCCGACCUUAAACAUGUUCAGAGGGUUAUCCAUGCAGGUCCUCCAACUUCUCUAGAAACCUAUGUUCAAGAAAUUGGACGAGCUGGACGGACCGGUAAGGAUGCACAGGCCAUUCUGUACUUCAACAGAGGGGAUUUAGCUCCCAGAGCAAUGAGAAAGGACAUGAAAGAAUACUGUACAAAUACAACUGUGUGCAAACGGGAAAUGAUCAAUCAUUUCUUUGGCUUCAAUACAACAGUCAAACUACUUAAAUGCUGCUGUGUAUGCAAUAACAAUCUUGAACUUGAAUGUCAGUUUGAGGAUCUAGGUGUAAAUUAAUGUACAGCUGAUGAAUGUUUAUUUGAAAAAAAAAAUCAAAUUGGUAAUAAAAAAGAGUUGUGGAAAUAAAUCCAUAUGUAAUUAUUUAUUUCUAAUUUAAACAUUACUCGUGUAGCUUCAAAGACAAUGAAAUAGGUCAUAGUGAGUCAAGAUGAAGAACAGACAGCCGAUGAUCACAAUAGCUUGCCCUUAAAUGUUUUCUCAUGUGAGCUCAAAAUUAAAAGACACAGAAUACAUUUGCUUAAAUAAUGUCAAAGCAUCUUCUAAAUAGUGACCAUGUAUAGCAAUUCUAACUAUGGCUUGCAUUUCCUAGUAUAGCACUGUCACACCCUUUAUAGCUGCACUGCUACAGAUUUACAAUAAAGUAUUUGAACAUUUUGAAAAUGCUCUAACAAUCUUAAGCCACUUACACAGAAAAUUAGUCAGAAUAUGAUAAAAUAUAUACCAAACUGAUAAAAUUGACUCCAUAGUUGUGUUAUAUGCUAUGAAAGACACUUGUAUGCAUAAUUUUAACAACAUUUACACUUACAGGCAUUGCUUAGACAUCCAAAGUGCUCCUUUGCAAAAUAAGAAAUCUCUAAAUAACCUGUAAUAUGACCCUUAUAAAAAGUGUUUUCCUACUGAUUAUUGCUGAGAAACUUACAAUAACAAUUAACUAACAAAUCAUACAUGCUAAUAAUUGCUUCAAUUCAAAAUGUUUAAAAUAUGAAUAAAUAUGUUACUAUACCCCACUUAUUUUGAACAUUGGUUUGGCAAAUUUCUUGCAUAGUAUGGUUACAUGUGUUUUGAAAAAUCACUAUAAUAAUACUGAUAAAGAGACUUAUUUCAAACACUGCCCAAAUUUUUAUGAAGAAUAUUGGUUGAUUUUGUCAAAAAUAAAAGACUUUUAAUGAGUUUGGCAUAUGUAGGAAUAUGUUGAUAUAUAUAUCUUUCAUUAUAUUAUUCCUUAAAAUAUUU